CAGUGUCUGCUCUGGGCUGCGCUGGGAAUACAGAAUCCUCCUGGGAAGUGCCAGUGCUCUCCCUCCAGCAGCUCCCAGGGUGGCUGUAAGGGUUGGAGCCACCUUAAAAUCCAGGUGGAAGCCUCUGGUAACCAGAGUUGGUAGCAACAGUGCUGGACCUCCCAGGAGAAGUUCCUUAGAGAUCCUUCCCCGGCUUCUCAGUCGCUGCCUGCCCAGCCCUGUGCAGAGCCCCUGGCCCCUGAGCACAUGGAUCUUGGAAUUAUUGCAGAGAAUGAGAGCGUGCAGCUGGAGCACAGGAACCAGGAGAUGCACCAGCCUGGAGACCCACAGGAGAAGAUGGGGAAGCUCUCUGGCUCCAGGACAGACUUCCCAGCCAGGAUGGUCCUCAGUGAAGAGGAAAAACUGAAGAUUUCCAAAGACCUCGUGGAUCUCCAGAUCGAGACAAACAAAAUGAAGGAGCAUUAUGAGACAGAGAACUUCCAGCUGAAAACGAUGAUGCAGGCGCUGGAGACGCGGGUGCAGGAGCUGGAGCAGGACAGGGCCGGGCUCAGGGAGGAGCGGGAUUCCCUGUGGGAGCGCCUGCACACCCUGGAGAGCAGCCGGCAGGAGCUGGGGGAGGAGUUCAUCAUCCUGAAGAGCAAUUACCUGGCCCUCGGCAGAGAGCUGGACAAGGAGGUGAUGAGGAAUGAGGAGCUGACCCAGGAGCUGCUCAGCCUGGCCAAAGAGAGCAGCCUCUCCCCUGGCUGGGCCCAUCAAUCCUCCCCGGGGCUGGGAAGAGGGAGAGCAGCAGGACAGCCCCGCUCUGCUCGCAGGGGGAAGGUGAGGGACUCUGCCCUUCCACCAGCCCCUCAGAGAACAGGGAUCUAUCAGGGCCCUUCUUCUCUCUCCCCAAACCAGCCCGAGGAUGCAGCUGCCUCUGAACAUGAGCAGCAGGAGCUGGAAGGAAAGUUGCUUGGAAACCAGGAUCACAUAAAAGUGGAGCUGGAAAAACUGAAGAAAGCGCACAAUGAGCAGCAGCAGAAGCUGGAGGAGCGAGUGCUGGCGCUGGGGAAGGAGCUGCAGGAGGCGAAGGGAGCGGUCGGGGCCAGGCGGCCGGGGCUGGCGGAGCACUCAGCGGUGCUGCUCUCGUCCCAGGGCCAGCUCCGGGAGGUGGAGGCGGAGAACUCCCGGCUGCAGCUGCAGCUGAAGGAGCUGAACGAGGAGUAUCGCGCCCGGCUGGCACAGUGCCUCAGCGACCUGGCAAACUACAUGGACAGCAAACCCAGCAGUGUGACGGGACACAGCAAAGCCCCAGCUGGCCACGCUGCCAUGAAGAACUUUGUGGACAGCAUGCUCAGGGACAUCCAGGCCUCCUACAAGUGCCGGGAAGAGCAGCUGGCCCGGGCAGCCCGGGGCUACAGGAAACGCAUGAAGGACUUGGCCAAGAAGCACGAGAACCUGCUGAUUGCCUAUGGGCUGCAGCGGGAGCAGAUCCUGUCCCUGGGCAGCAGUGCCAUGGACUGUGGCCCUGCCGAGCUCCACUUGUCCAUCACAGACCCAGAGCUGCUGACGAACAGCUCCCGGGAGCUGAACCGCCUGCGGGAGCAAAAGGCAAAGCUGGAGAUGCAGCUGCAGGAGCUGCAGCAGAAAAGCCUGAAAGGAGCCUCUGCCCUUCCAGCCCCUCCGGAGCAGCAGCUGGAUGAGGAGGGCUGGGCGGAGGUCAGGAGGAAGCUCCGGGAAUUCACCCUCAACACCCAGGAGGACCUGGAGCGGCAGAGAAGCCAGCUGCUCACUCGGGCUGUGGUGGCAGAGGAGCAGGUGCUGGAGCUGCAGGGGUACAUCGACCAGCACCUGGCCAGGUACAAGCAGGAGAUCCUGCGGCUGAGGAGCGCCGGGGGCAGCGAGGUGCCCCCAGUGCCCCGUGCCAGGAGCGCCAGCCACAAGCCAGAGCAGCCCCAGCCUCGGGAACACCCCACUCCAAGGGAGGUGUGUGCUCCAUGGACUGCCAGGCGAGGAUCCUUCUCAGGCUGGGAGGUGGGAACAGCGAGAGAAACCACGCGGGUGAUUCUGCUCUUAAAUUCACAGGACUAAAAUGAGACCAGACAACGGCGUCUGGUCUGUGCCCUGCAGCAAUUCUGCUCUUCCCUGAGCACCCCUCGGACACGGGGCAGGGAUCCCAGGCAGCUCUUCACUGCUGGGCUGCAGGGACAGGUUCCUGCUCCUGCUGGAAUACUUUUCCUGGAUGAGGCCUAGACCUGGACCAAGAGCUGCUCCUGCUUCCCUCCCCUCACCUGUGAGACAGAGCCAAGGCUGGCUCAGACCAGGAUUUGUUCUGGGCUUGGACAAAGGGAUGAGCUGCUCUUUUACUGCGAGGGUGGUGAAAGGCUGCCCACAGCAGCUGGGGCUGCCCC